CUGCGGAGAAGCGGUGGCCGCCGAGCGGGAUCUGUGCGGGGAGCCGGAAAUGGUUGUGGACUACGUCUGUGCGGCUGCGUGGGGCUCGGCCGCGCGGACUGAAGGAGACUGAAGGCCCUCGGAUGCUCAGAACCUGUAGGCCGCACCGUGGACUUAUUCUUAACCGAAGGGGUGCUGGGGGGACCCUGAUGUGGCACCAAAUGAAAUGAACAAAGCUCCACAGCCCACAGGCCCCCCGCCCGCCCCAUCCCCUGGACUCCCACAGCCUGCGUUUCCCCCGGGGCAGACAGCACCGGUGGUGUUCAGUACGCCACAAGCAACACAAAUGAACACGCCUUCUCAGCCCCGCCAGGGAGGAUUCAGGUCUCUGCAGCACUUCUAUGCUAGCCGGGCCCAGCCCCCGAGCAGUGCAGCCUCCCGAGUGCAGAGUGCAGCCCCUGCCCGCCCUGGCCCAGCUGCCCAUGUCUACCCUGCUGGAUCCCAAGUAAUGAUGAUCCCUUCCCAGAUCUCAUACCCAGCCUCCCAGGGGGCCUACUACAUCUCUGGACAGGGGCGUUCCACAUAUGUUGUCCCGACACAGCAGUACCCUGUACAGCCAGGAGCCCCAGGCUUCUAUACAGGUGCAAGCCCUACAGAAUUUGGGACCUAUGCUGGCGCCUACUAUCCGGCACAAGGUGUGCAGCAGUUUCCUGCUGGUGUGGCCCCUGCUCCGGUUUUGGUGAACCAGCCACCCCAGAUUGCUCCAAAGAGGGAGCGAAAAACGAUCCGAAUUCGAGAUCCAAACCAAGGAGGGAAGGAUAUCACGGAGGAGAUAAUGUCAGGGGCCCACACUGCCUCUACACCCACCCCUCCCCAGACGGGAGGCGGUUUGGAGCCCCAGGCUAAUGGGGAGUCGCCCCAGGUUGCUGUCAUAGUCCGGCCAGAUGACCGGUCGCAAGGAGCAAUCAUGGGAGGCCGGACAGUACUGCCUGGCCCAGAGCACAGCCCUUCAGAAUCCCAGCCUUCGUCACCUUCCCCGACCCCGUCCCCACCCCCAAUCUUAGAACCAGGCUCUGAGCCUAAUCUUGCGGUCCUCUCUAUUCCUGGGGACACUAUGACAACGGGGAUGAUACAGAUGCCUGUGGAAGAAUCAACCCCCAUCUCCCGUGAAACAGGGGAGCCAUAUUGCCUCUCUCCAGAACCUGCUCCUCUCGCUGAACCCAUACUGGAAGUUGAAGUGACACUGAGCAAACCAAUUCCAGUAUCUGAGUUCUCUUCCAGUCCUCUCCAGGUUCUCUCCCCUCCGGCAUCUCACAAAAUGGAAAUUCAUGAGCCUAAUGGCGUGGUCCCCUCUGAGGCUCUGGAACCAGAGGUGGAGUCAAGCACAGAGCUCGCCCCUCUCCCCCCUGCAGCUUGCCCCUCCGAAUCCCCUGUGCCUAUUGCUCCAACUGCCCAUCCUGAGGAACUGCUCAAUGGAGCCCCCUCACCACCAGCUGUGGACUUAAGCCCAGUCAGUGAGCCUGAGGAACAGACCAAGGAGGAUACAGUGUCUCCAGCUCCCUCUGCCGGUCCCUCUGCCACUCCAGCCACAGCUUCCCCAGUUACUUCCCCUGCUCAGGAGGAGGAGAUGGAAGAAGAGGAAGAGGAGGAGGAAGGAGAAAUGGGAGAAGCAGAGAGUGAGAAAGGAGGAGAAGAAUUACAAGGCCCAGAGAGCACCCCUGUCCCUGCCCCCUUACCCCAGAGUGUGGAGGCAGUCACUGCCACCCAAGUGGCAGUAUCUGUGCCAAAGAGAAGACGGAAAAUUAAAGAGCUAAAUAAGAAGGAGGCUGUGGGAGACCUUCUAGAUGCCUUCAAAGAGGUUAACCCGGCAGUGCCAGAGGUGGAAAAUCAGCCUCCUGCAGGCAGCAAUCCAGGCCCAGAGACUGAGGGCAGCAGCGCGCCCUCCCGGCCUGAAGAAGCAGAUGAGACCUGGGAUGCAAAAGAAGACAAAAUUCACAAUGUGGAAAACAUCCAGCCUGCGGGGGAACAGAAGUAUGAGUAUAAGUCAGAUCAGUGGAGGCCUCUAAACCUUGAGGAGAAAAAGCGUUAUGACCGUGAGUUCCUGCUUGGCUUUCAAUUCAUCUUUGCCAGUAUGCAGAAGCCGGAGGGAUUGCCCCAUAUCAGUGAUGUGGUGUUGGACAAGGCCAAUAAAACACCACUACGGCCGCUGGAUCCCUCUAGACUAUCAGGCAUAAAUUGCGGCCCAGACUUCACUCCAUCCUUUGCCAACCUUGGUCGACCAGCUCCUAGUGGCCGUGGUCCCCCCAGGGGUGGGCCAGGUGGGGAGCUGCCCCGAGGGCCGGCUGGCCUGGGACCCCGGCGCUCUCAACAGGGCCCCCGAAAGGAGCCCCGUAAGAUCAUUGCCUCAGUGAUAAUGACAGAAGAUAUAAAACUGAACAAAGCUGAGAAAGCCUGGAAACCCAGCAGCAAGCGUACAGCAGCUGAUAAGGAUCGAGGGGAGGAGGAUGCUGAUGGCAGCAAAACCCAGGACCUGUUCCGCAGGGUGCGCUCUAUCUUGAAUAAGCUGACACCCCAGAUGUUCCAGCAGCUGAUGAAACAGGUGACACAGCUGGCCAUUGACACCGAGGAACGCCUCAAAGGGGUCAUUGAUCUUAUCUUUGAGAAGGCCAUCUCCGAACCCAACUUUUCAGUGGCCUAUGCCAACAUGUGCCGCUGCCUCAUGGCGCUGAAAGUGCCCACUACAGAAAAACCAACAGUGACUGUGAACUUCCGAAAAUUAUUGUUGAAUCGGUGUCAGAAGGAAUUUGAGAAAGAUAAGGAUGAUGAUGAGGUUUUUGAAAAAAAACAAAAGGAGAUGGAUGAAGCUGCUACGGCAGAGGAACGGGGACGCCUGAAGGAAGAGCUGGAAGAAGCUCGGGACAUCGCACGGCGGCGCUCCUUAGGGAAUAUCAAGUUUAUCGGGGAGUUGUUCAAGUUAAAGAUGUUGACGGAGGCCAUAAUGCAUGACUGUGUGGUCAAACUACUUAAAAACCAUGAUGAAGAGUCCCUAGAAUGCCUUUGUCGACUACUUACUACCAUUGGCAAAGAUUUGGAUUUUGAAAAAGCCAAGCCCCGAAUGGAUCAGUACUUCAACCAGAUGGAAAAAAUCAUUAAGGAAAAGAAGACUUCAUCCCGCAUCCGCUUCAUGUUGCAGGAUGUGCUAGAUCUACGACAGAGCAAUUGGGUGCCACGGCGAGGGGAUCAGGGUCCCAAGACCAUUGACCAGAUCCAUAAGGAGGCUGAAAUGGAGGAGCAUAGGGAGCACAUCAAAGUGCAGCAGCUCAUGGCCAAGGGCAGUGACAAGCGCCGGGGUGGCCCUCCUGGCCCACCCAUCAGCCGUGGCCUUCCACUUGUGGACGAUGGUGGCUGGAAUACAGUCCCAAUCAGCAAAGGCAGCCGUCCUAUUGACACCUCACGACUCACCAAGAUCACGAAGCCUGGCUCUAUUGAUUCUAACAAUCAACUCUUUGCACCUGGAGGGCGCCUCAGCUGGGGCAAAGGCAGUAGCGGAGGGUCAGGAGCCAAACCUUCAGACGCAGCAUCAGAAACUUCACGUCCAGCAACUAGUACCUUGAAUCGCUUCUCAGCCCUUCAGCAGGCAGUACCCACAGAAAGCACAGAUAACAGGCGUGUGGUGCAAAGGAGUAGCUUGAGUCGAGAGCGAGGCGAGAAAGCUGGGGACCGGGGAGAUCGCCUAGAGCGAAGUGAACGGGGAGGUGACCGAGGAGACCGGCUAGAUCGUGCACGGACGCCAGCCACCAAACGGAGCUUCAGCAAGGAGGUAGAAGAACGGAGUAGAGAACGGCCCUCCCAGCCUGAGGGACUGCGCAAGGCAGCUAGUCUCACAGAGGAUCGGGACCGAGGCCGGGAUGCUGUGAAGCGGGAAGCUACCCUGCCCCCUGUGAACCCGCCAAAGGCUACACUCUCUGAGGAGGAGCUGGAGAAGAAGUCCAAGGCCAUCAUUGAAGAAUACCUCCAUCUCAAUGACAUGAAGGAGGCAGUACAGUGUGUCCAGGAGCUAGCCUCACCUUCCUUACUCUUCAUCUUCGUGCGGCAUGGCAUCGAGUCCACACUGGAGCGUAGUGCCAUUGCUCGUGAGCAUAUGGGGCAGCUGUUGCACCAGCUGCUCUGCGCUGGACACCUCUCCACUGCUCAGUACUACAAAGGGCUAUAUGAAAUCCUAGAAUUGGCUGAGGAUAUGGAAAUUGACAUACCCCAUGUGUGGCUUUACCUGGCAGAACUGGUAACACCCAUUCUGCAGGAAGGUGGUGUGCCCAUGGGGGAGCUGUUCAGGGAAAUUACAAAGAAUCUGAGACCCCUGGGCAAAGCUGCUUCCCUGUUGCUGGAGAUCCUGCGACUCCUGUGCAAAAGCAUGGGUCCAAAAAAAGUGGGGAUAUUGUGGCGUGAGGCUGGUCUCAGCUGGAAAGAAUUUCUGCCUGAAGGCCAGGAUGUUGGAGUAUUUGUCACUGAACAGAAGGUGGAGUAUACCCUAGGAGAGGAGUUAGAGACUCCUGGCCAGAAGACACUGUCUUGUGAGGAGCUGAGCAGGCAGCUGGAGAAACUGCUGAAGGAGGGGAGCAGUAACCAGCGGGUUCUCGAUUGGAUAGAGGCCAACCUGAGUGAGCAGCAGCUAGCAUCCAACACAUUAGUUCGAGCUCUCAUGACAGCUGUCUGCUAUUCUGCAAUUAUCUUUGAAACUCCUCUCCGAGUGGAUGUUCCGGUGCUGAAAGCGCGAGCAAAACUGCUACAGAAAUAUCUGUGUGAUGAGCAGAAGGAGCUGCAGGCGCUCUAUGCCCUCCAGGCCCUUGUAGUGACCUUAGAACAGCCUGCCAACCUGCUUCGGAUGUUCUUUGAUGCCCUGUAUGACGAGGACGUGGUGAAGGAGGAAGCCUUCUACAGCUGGGAGAGCAGCAAGGAUCCUGCCGAGCAGCGGGGCAAGGGUGUAGCCCUUAAGUCAGUCACAGCCUUCUUCAAGUGGCUUCGUGAGGCGGAGGAGGAGGAGGAGGAAUCCGACCACAACUGAGGGCUGGUGGGGCUGGGGACUUGGAGCCCCAUGGACACACGGAUGGCUCUGCCAGCUGCCUGGACUGCAGGGGGGGCGGCAGCAGUGGCGGCAGUGGCAGUGGGUGCCUGUAGUGCGAUGUGUCUGGCUAAUAAAGUGGCUGAAGAGGCAGGAUGGUUUGGGGCUGCCUGGGGCCCCCUCCAGGAUGCUGCCAGGGGGUGGCCCUCUCCUCCCUCUGGGGCACAGAACUAUAUUAUAUAUAAAGUCUUGAAAUUUGGUGUGUCUUGGGGGGGGCACCACCGCCUGCCCCUGGGGUCCUUUUUUAUUUUCUGAAAAUCACUCUUUGGGACUGCCGUCCUCGCUGCUGGGGGCAUAUGCCCCAGCCCCUGCACCACCCCUGCUGCUGCCUGGGCAGGGGGAGGGGGGGCACGGUGCCUGUAAUUAUUAAACAUGAAUUCAAUUAA